ACACAAGCAAGCAGACACAAGCAAGCAGACACAAGCAAGCAGACACAACUAAGCAAACACAACUGACAUUCCACACUACACACCACACACCACACACCAACAAGCUGAAAACAGUCAACCAAUAAUAAUUCAGUGUAUAGGAUAUACGAUUGGUGGUAGAAAAUUCUCAACGUGUCACCUGUCUGUCUCACACCCUCAUUCAAAAUAUUAUUUCUCUUCAUUUCACAACCACAAAACAGGUUGCUUGAUUAUGAUCAAUACAGCUCGGAAGUCAGCUUGUGCAUCAAGACCACCACCACCACCACCACCACCACCAUCAACACGGUCGAAACAGACCACAGUCACACGAUACACAACUGAGGAGUCGAGUGAAUUAACCGAAUUGGUAUUGAGAUAUCGGGAUGUUUGGAAAGACAAGAGUCGUCCAUCUGCUGUUCUUCAGAAACAAUUGUGGAUGCAAUUCGCACGUUACCUACACUCGAAGGGAUGGCCGAGAAGAAACUGGACUCAUCUGCGUCGAAAGGGUCUGCACGUGCUGAAGAAACUCAAUAACACGACAAUCAAUCAGUGGGAGGUGUCGAAAUGCAAUCCCAAUUCACCUGAAAAUCACUCCAACCACACGUCACUCUCCAGUUCCAAUGAAAAUCGACACGUGAACGUGAACGGACAAAGUGAUUCGGUGACCGAGAACCAGUCGAGUGUGCAUCAAAUCAACUUGCCUACACUCACCCCUUCACCAGUGAUAACCAUCACCUCCAAAUAUCCCACAUCAACACUCAGUCCUCCUACAAACCAUGUGCAACCGAAUCCCCCACACACAACUGGUCCAAAAAUUUUGAACGCAUUCUCAACAGCUCACAUGUCUCAACAACUGGUGAUUCCACAUGAUGCUCUAGUGCUGCAACCAACCACCACCACCACCACCAACAACAACAACACGGUUGGUGAGGUGGCGAUUAACCCUAACCGAGUCGCGUUACUGACUCCUCUCCAUUGUGUCUCGUUCGGAGCCGCGAAAACCCAUACUGCAGACGUAUCUCCUAUUCAAGAAGUGAAUAUCUCGAACUCACCAUCCAACCAAACGAGUCGCAUUCCUCUGACUGCAACAAUUGAUUUAUCAACGUGUAGUGAGGACGAGGAGAGCUAUCCAGAGUUGAGUGGAACGCGAAAUCAGGCGAACACGAAUCAGGUGAAUGAUUUUGGUCAAAAUGCCAAGGAUUGUAUCACAUCCGAAUGUGAGAGAUUUCCAUUGUCAGAGAUGUUGAUUCACAAGCAAAUGAAGUGCCUAGAUCUGAAGAUUGAAAUUCUCCAGAUGAAGAAGCAAUAUUGGUCCGAGAAACUGAACUCAUCAUCGAAAAGCUGAAUGUUGGGUGAAAGCCAAUCUUCACAUGAACUACCAUUGUGAUUGUCAUCAAUUCUAUCCACAUAUGGAUAGUAAACUCAAUUGUAAAUUCAAUGUAUACAUAUGUAUGUAUAGCUAUUGUGACUGACGAAGAUUGUUCUCCCUUUUCAUCAUUAUUGUCUAUUCGUGGUGUGUGUGUGUGUGCGUGUGUGUGUGUGAAUUUUUCUGUCAGUUAGUCCUUUUGUUUCGAAUCCAUUUGAAGUGGACUGUUGUUCAAUACUGCUCUGUUUCAAAUGUUCACUACUCUAUUGACUACUCUGUUGCAUACUGUACAUAAUUAAAUUUAAAUGUUGGUUUUGUAAAAAUCUUAUUUUGUCUUUGAAUUAAUUUAUGAACGUGAUCGACAAUUGGUUGUGUGGAUGACGGAUGAUACUUGACUUUGAACACAAAUAUGUUAGAACUUUAUCAAUUUUAUUUCUUAUCAUGAUGAUCAAUUGGUUUGAUUUGUAUUUAUUCUAGUGAUUUCUGUGUAAUUAACUGCUUCAUUGAUAUUUCAUUUAUGAUACAUAUUCGAUAUAUGUGUAGAGUUGAUGUCAACUUGAAAUUCUUGAUGACCACAUGUGACGGAGAUAGGAGAGAAUAAAUGGUCUCAUUUGAAUGAUGAUGUGAAUGAUAAUAAUAAUAAUAAUAAUGUUGAUGAUCAUUAAGAAUAAAUGUACUUUUGUUGUAUCCCAAUAAAUUCGAUUAUUGUAUUUUUGACGUUUCUUGACAUAUUGUAAAUCACUUCCUCAGAGUAAAUAAAUAACCAAUAUUAUGUU